CAAAGGAAAAAUUAUUUUUGCUAUCGUCACAGGUUUAAGUGGGAGUGACUAAAUGACUAAAUGUCUUUUUAAGUUCUUGUUCUCUUGUUCACUAACAAAUAUAGAAGACGAACUAAAGUGAAUAAUGUUAACCAUUGUGAAACAGCCAGAGAAAACCGGUUAUAACACCCCACUUCUUUCCGUAAAGCUUUGUAAGUUAACCAUCCCUUAUUGCAUGAAAGCAAAAACCUGUAUUCGUACCCAGAAGGCUUAUCGCCUUAGCUACAGAAUACUAUAUCUCUAAUAAUUACCAUACAGCAUUGGACUCGAGGUUUUACUCCAUCCAGGUAUACACAACCAAAGAACUGCGAGUAGCGAGUGACGCAAAUAUCUUACAACUCUGGUGUUGGUUUCAGCCAUUAGAGCAGUAGAACUUGUUGCAACUGAAUGGUCCGUUAGCUGUAGACAGGGGCCGAACGAGUUAGCAUGAUAUCUUUUAAAACUUUGAGUUUUUUUUACUCCCAGAAUAUUUUGUUUGUCGUGUUACUUACCGAAGUAUUCAGUGUACCACAUCAAGCAGAACCAAGAAAAAUUAUUUAUUCGUUGUCUGAAAAUGGAUAUAAUUUCACCGGUUUGUCCUAUCUUUCUGGAAUUGAGUCCUUACAGCGAGAAAAUUCGCAAGUUGACUUGAAUCAAACUCUGUUAGCAACAGCUAUGUGGCAUCCAAAUAAUACUGUCUGCUAUGAAGAUCUGGGAUGUAUUACUCGCUUCUCGUUUGCCGACCCACUUUUGUGGCCGAUUAAUGUUUUGCCUGAUUCGCGGGAAAAGAUUAAUACGCAUUUCACCCUGUACACCAGAGAACAACCAUACGAUGCGGCACAUUUCCUUGGAAUAUCCGCUAAAAACCCAAAUCGAAUAAUGGCAACGUCAUUCAAAGCUACUCGCCCAACGAAACUUUACAUCCAUGGAUGGCAAUCUACCGGGUACCAAGACCGUCACAAAACCUUUGUAGAAAGAUUGCUAGCAAACCAUGACGUCAAUGUCAUUUUAGUUCACUGGGGAGGAGGAGCAAACACAAAUUACGCUCACGCCCACGCUAACACUCGUCUCGUUGGCUUGGAAGUCGCAUUUCUUGUCAACACCAUGAUGGAUAAAUUAGGAGUCAAAGCUUCAGAUGUUCAUUUGAUUGGACAUAGCCUGGGAGCGCACACGGCAGGCUACGCCGGAGAAAAAAUAUUUCAGCUGGGCCGAAUCACAGGUUUAGAUCCUGCCGGACCGUAUUUUCGCGGAAUGCCCCCCUUUGCUUGUUUGGAUCCUUCUGACGCUCUUUUUGUUGAUGCGGUUCACACCGAUGGUGGUUUCUUAGGUAUUUAUCGCCCUGUGGGUCACCUCGAUUUCUAUCCUAAUGGUGGUUUAAUUCAGCCCGGCUGUGAUCCUUCCGAAUUGCCAACGAAUAGCGACGAGUCAGUGAUCACUUGUAGUCAUGCGCGGUCCAUUCACUUGUACAGCGAAUCGUUUCUAUCCGACGAAAGCUGCCAGAACAUAGGAUAUGAGUGCUCUGAUAACGAAUCCUUCAACAAAGGUCAUUGCACAACUUGCGGAUCAGACAAUACUCAGUGCGCACCUUUUGGUUUGCAAGCCAAUACUUUCCCGAUCGGCGACAGGAUCAACGUCAAAAUUUUCUUUAAUACCGGACCCGACUUCCCAUUCUGUAGAUACCACUACGCAGUCAACAUCAAUUUAGCUAAACCACAGGAAGCUAAGGAUCACAUCAAAGGGAAACUGCGAUUAUCUGUUAGUGGAGAUCAAGACAUUUUGCGAAACAUUAAACUUCCGCUGACAUAUUUAAAACAUGGGGGAGAUAACACAUUUCUCUUAACUGUCCCAACUAACGUGGGUCGAGUCGAAAAAGUCAAUCUUCGUUGGAAGUACGUGAUGACGGAUUUGCUGGAUUGGCUGGAUGGGACUUGUUCUUUAGGAUUCUGUAAUCAAAGACUCUACGUCAACAGCGUUACGAUUUCGGAACUAAACAACUACCCUGAAGAGAAAAGAAUCGCCAACACUUUCAAGAACUGUCCGCAAUCUGUGCCCGGCAUCAUCAGAAAUCACUGGAAUUUGGAUUUCACCACUGGAAAUAGUUGCGUGAAAACACUUCAGCUACAUUUCGCAUGGUUUCCGCUAUCGUGGUUUACUCAUCAAUUAGACUCUAGCACAAUUCCAUCUCGCUAAUUAAAAAAAUGUUUGCUAAAUUAUUGCGCAGGACAGUGUCUUAUUUAAAAUUGACUGAUGUGAACAUUAGUAAGAAGCCUGUUUUCUAAUAGAAACGAAAAGGUUUUACGUUGGAUCGAUUCGCACGAUCUUUGCUGGUGUUGUACGAUGGUCAAAAGUGUUUUGGAAAAAAGGGAACCGAGGUUCAUGCUUUAUAAGGGUUUUUCAUUUAGCAGUUCAAGUUUUGUAUUAUUUGCUCGUUCGAAAUUUUAAACACGAAGAAUCGUUGAAUCGGAGUCGGUUGGAUGGAGACGUUGUUUCACGUAUGGCAUAUUGCCAAGCAAUGAAGGAAGGCUAUUGAGGUAAAUUCGGCAAAAUCAUCGCUAGAAAGCAAACAAAAAGUGAAGCUUCUAAUAAGUCUCAAAUAACGACUCAAAUAAUAAAAAAAAAAUCCGAUGCAUCGGAAAGGCUAGGAUCAGAGAUGGAGUGGAAGCUCAUGGCGAGAAAAUUAAAAGUCACAUGUUUUGACCGUUUAACAAACAAAAGUCAAUUUAAAAAGUUCAGCAAAUUCACUCAGGUUGUAUUACGUGUUUCUUUUAAUUUUUGUAAUUGAAUAAUCGUUACAAUAAAAAACUCUUAGAAAUGAAUAAAAAGUCUGGUAAGCAGUAUGACGAUACAACCUGCAGUUACGAAAGUCAAUGACUAAAACCCAUCGCCACAGGGUUCGAAAGUAUAUGUUGUCUAGACCACAGUAAAGUUAACUCGUUUUAUUCCUAAACCCACCAAAUUCUGCACGACAAACUGGUUUGAUUGUCCUUCAGUCCCUAUUGUUGCCUGUUUCCGCCAUUUCGUUUUGUCUUUUAAAAAAAGAAGAAAAAAAAACAUGCUAAAUAAAGAAUCAGAAAAUACAACAAAAUGCGCCGAUGUGACGGGUCAUUAUAUAAAGCCUGUUGGCUAUUCAGUAUUCUCGAUUUGGUAGCGUGAUUGGUGGAGAGCCCGCACAGCAGAGUUAGAGAAACGGUCCUUCAGAAUGAAAGGCAAAUCUCUGCAGCUAAUAAAGACUCGAAGGCUAUCUAUCUGUCGCCAUUGCAUACAAUCUCGCCGCUUUGGUGUUUACAGUCGAAACAGUGGAAAAGUCCAAUGGGUUCUGCAGUUCCCCAGAGGUCUUUGGUGGCACCAGAUGUACUGCGCUCUUUUCGAAUUAAAACAUAUACAAUGAAAUCUUUGAACAAGAUUCUCUGGCAAAGUUUCGUCGUGGUUGGAUUGUUAUUCUCACAUGUCUCGUGCCUAAUAUCCCGUUCGACUACAGCAAGGACUGUUGCAGGCUCAGAGAAAGUUGUUUCACUUGACGAGGGCACAGAAGCAUUAGUGGCGAACCUGAGAGGUCUAGGAGCUGAUUUGAAAAAAUCAAUCGAUUUGAAGGAUCAUCCACUGACCAACAAUCUUGUGACAGACAUCAAAGACGUGUGGCAGCGUAUAAUCGACAAAUUGAAACCAGAUUUGUACGAGGAUCUCAUAUUCUACACAGCUCGGCUACUUUUCCUCGCCAACGACCGCCACUGCGAGUCUCCUUACGAAACUUUCUUCAAACGCCAAUGCCUCCCCAUUGGCGAUGCGAAACAUUGCCCAGAAAAUCAAACUCUGAUCGACGGACCGGACAACAAAGGUUUCUGUGGCUCAAAAACUCGUUCGAAAGUAAGAGGUUGAUUUCAUUGUAAUCACGUCAGUAUUUGACUUUAUCCUAAAAAUACAAAAUAUUCACGUUUCAA